AUGGCGGCUAGCAUCGCUCUUCGAGACUUUCAUUUCUGCAACUCGAUCAUCGACCGCUGGGUCCAGAUUCGUCGCUACGCAGCCAUGAGCACAGCAAUUAUCAACAAAGUCUUCGAAAGCAUACCCGAGUGGUACACCAGCCUACGACUGCUUGUGGUGCAUCAUAUCAUGUACACGCUGAGUUCGACCGUCUUUGACAAGAUCCUGGAGGAUUUGCGUCCGGAUAUGUUGAAAGCUGUCGCGCGCAGAACGGUCAUCGAGCGCAAAUAUCCUCAGGACCUGCGGCUUCCCGAAAACCGAGAGAGGUGCUUUUAUCAUGGGCAUGACGAUGAGUACCCGGAGACGGGAACGGAGAGCGAGAGCGAAGGCUGA